GGGGUCCCGCCGCCUAUGCAACGCCCAGCGCACAGUAAGCAGCGUCUUGCAAGGGGCGGACUCUGGCAGGAUACCCGGGGAGGCGCGCGCCGCCCGCGGAACAGACUGGCCUCGCAAGCCCGCAGGAAGGUGGUGGAAGCUGCAGCGCCGCACCGCCACUGCGUACACUCGGCCGCCGCACUGAGUCAUCGCGUGGCGUCGCCGCGGGCCGGCCGCGGCACCCGCCCGCGCUCGCUCCCAGACUCUGCGCCGCGGCUAGGCGGCUGCAGGUAUCUCAGCUGGGGCAGCGGCUACCAGCGGUGCAGCCCUGACGGUGCUGUCCUGUCUGGUCUCCACGUAGGUAGGGGUGCUGUCUGCCUGCAAGAGCACAGCUACGUCCCCACACACACACCGGCUCGGGAGGACAGUCCCAGCGGGCCGGUCCGAGGCGCCGGUAGAAAGCCGGCCUCCCGGCCCGGUGCGCGCCCGGGCCUGUCCCAGCUGCUGCGCAGCGCGGCCCCGCCACCCCUCCCCCGGGCGCGCGACCUGAGCGCCAUGGCGGCUGCAGCCACCGUCCCGCGGCCCGGAGCUGGGGAAGCCGUGGAGGCCGCGAGUCCGCAGUGGGCGACCCCUGAACCCCGCGGGGUUGCGGUGGGAGCCGGGCCAGGCGACGACGAUGGCGACGACGACUCGACGGUGCGGCCGCUGUGCAAGCCCCGCGGCAUCUGCUCGCGCGCCUACUUCCUUGUGCUGAUGGUAUUCGUGCACCUGUACCUGGGCAACGUGCUGGCGCUGCUGCUGUUCGUGCACUACAGCAACGGCGACGAGAGCACCGAGCCCGGAGCUCCGCGCCGACCACCAGGCCCGCUGUCCGUCCCGACCUUGGGCCCUCUCACCCGGCUGGAGGGUAUCAAGGUGGGGUACGAGCGCAAAGCACAGCUGGUUAACGGCAAGGAGCACAUCAUUCGAACCCUGAGCCUCAAGCCUCUACUCUUCGAAAUCCCUGGCUUUCUGAGUGACGAGGAGUGCCGGCUCAUCAUCCAUCUGGCGCAGAUGAAGGGGCUACAGCGCAGCCAGAUCCUGCCCACUGAAGAGUACGAAGAUGCCAUGAGCACUGUGCAGGUCAGCCAGCUGGACCUCUUCCAGCUGCUGGACCAAAACCACGAUGGUCUCCUGCAACUCCGAGAGGUCUUGGCCCAGACUCGCCUGGGAAAUGGACGGUGGAUGACUCCGGAGAACAUUCAGGAGAUGUACUCCGCAAUAAAGGCAGACCCCAAUGGUGAUGGAGUGCUGAGUCUGCAGGAGUUCUCCAGCAUGGAUCUUCGGGACUUCCACAUGUACAUGAGGAGCCACAAGGCGGAGUCCAGUGAGCUGGUGCGCAACAGCCACCACACGUGGCUCUACCAGGGGGAGGGUGCCCACCAUGUCAUGCGUGCCAUCCGCCAGAGAGUGCUGCGCCUCACUCGCCUGUCACCUGAGAUUGUGGAGUUCAGUGAGCCACUGCAGGUGGUGCGAUAUGGUGAGGGAGGCCACUACCACGCCCACGUGGACAGCGGGCCUGUGUAUCCGGAGACUAUCUGCUCCCAUACCAAGCUGGUAGCCAAUGAGUCUGUACCCUUCGAGACCUCCUGUCGCUACAUGACAGUGCUGUUUUAUUUGAACAAUGUCACCGGUGGGGGCGAGACUGUCUUCCCUGUAGCAGAUAACAGAACCUAUGAUGAAAUGAGUCUAAUUCAGGAUGACGUUGACCUCCGUGACACACGGAGGCAUUGUGACAAAGGGAACCUGCGUGUCAAGCCUCGGCAAGGCAAAGCAGUCUUCUGGUACAACUACUUGCCUGAUGGGCAAGGUUGGGUGGGCGACGUGGAUGACUACUCGUUGCACGGGGGGUGCCUGGUCACACGUGGCACCAAAUGGAUUGCCAACAACUGGAUCAAUGUGGAUCCCAGCCGGGCACGACAAGCCCUAUUCCAGGAGGAGAUGGCACGCCUGUCCCGUGAAGGUGGUGCUGACUCACAGCCCGAAUGGGCCUUGGACCGAGCCUAUCGCAAUGCACGCGUGGAGCUCUGAAGGGAAGGUCAGCCCUGGACCACAGCUGGGCUGCCCAUCCCCAGGUCAUGGGCCUGGUUGUCCCCUUGUCCAGCUCCAAGGUUCUGGCCGAUGUUUUGCCCUGCACCUGCCCCAUCCGAGAUUUCAGCACAGUUCCUGUAUUCAUGUUAUUUAUUUAUGUACGAACCCAUGCUGCUUGGUCAAAUAAACCCAUGUGGCUUCCA